UUCAAGUACACCCCCUCAUCCUCAGGACAAGAGGAUGGACGCUCUAACAUACACCGCUCCGCCACAGAUCCGCCGUUCAGUUUGUUUACAGGAGGAUGAAUGAAGAGGCUGGUGGUGCAGCAGCGUGCGGACGCGCAGCGUGCUACCGGCUGUGCUCGUGUCGCUAGUAUAAUUAUUAUUAUUAUUAACAGUGUGUUACUGGUUUGACUGGCAGACGACACACUGGAAAAGCACCGAGGCAAGACAAAAACCCGACUUUCCAGCAUCCGUAAGCCUUCAGAGAUCAUCUGUAUUUGAACACGGUCUCCCUGGUCUACUUAAUAAUCAGAAGAUGCUGCUUAAACAAACCUAAACAUAGCUGAGUUAACAGAGGGUGGGACCACAUAAUCUGCUCUCUGAAGGAUAGAAGUUGAUGCAUACUAACUGUAUGAGGGCCCUCAGCUUCUCCCACAGCUGUGUGCUGUGCUUGUGAAUCUUUUUGAGCUGGGAAGUGAAGAGUCAUGGGCUGUGGGGGCAGCAGAACUGACGCUUUGGAGCCUCGCUACCUGGAGAGCUGGACAAAAGAGACGGAGUCGACAUGGCUGACGAGCACAGACACAGAUAUCCCCUUGUCAUCCAUCCAGAGCAUCCCCUCUGAGAACUCAGAGGCUGGCUUCACUUCUGAGAAAACAAUCAGCCCUGUUCCAGAUUUCUUUGAAGACGGCCUCCCGCCACCGGCUCAGGCCUACCUAAAGGUCUGCUCGGCCAUGUCUGAAGCCAGCCUGAACGAUGUGAAGCCCAGCAGCACACCAACAGCACUGGGCUCUCCGCGGCAGGACACGACGAUGCCUUCUUCUGGAACCACAGUGCAGCGCAGAAGUGUUUUGCACACUGAAGAGAUUACAAAAUGGCAGGACAAUCGGAUGUCGACCAAGCAGGUGACCAUUACAGUCACCCAGAGCAUCCACCAGGUGGACAAGAACGGGAAGGUGAAGAAGUCCCUCACGACAUAUGAGGUCAUGAAACCAGUGGAAGCUAUCAAACAGGUGGCGACACAAAACACCUGAGUGCAGGGGGACAUUGGAAGAAGCCAAAAAAAAUGAAAAUAAUUAUGACUGUGAAAGAAAUCGAACAGGUUUUGUGGUCUGACAGGUGUCGAAAGCACAAAAAUCAGAUUUCUAGUGCAUUUAAUACUUUACGAUGUAUGUUUUACUGACAUGUUGGGGACUUUUACAAGAGACAUUUGAUCAAACAAGCAUGGGGUAACAGGCAAAACAAAACGUGGUAUGUUACAGCGAAUGUCAUAUUAAAAGCAAUUGUAGUAUAUUACAGCUGACAGCUUGUUUCCACAUCAGUGUAAAGAAAUCAUUGCUUAGCACUGAACUCGAAAAUAGUUUAAUCCAGAGUAUUUUCACAUUUUAAGAUGUGGUUGAACAUUAACAUAGGUGUAAAACUAUUACUGCAAUAUUAUUUAAUAUGAUAUAAAUGUUUCAUAGUUUUGUUACUUGGCAUUGAUGCACCAUUUGUAGUCGCUGCUGUCCUACAAAGCAAAAGGCUCAGGAAACUGACUGUGACGAUUGCACUAUUUACAGUGAAGCCUGGACGGAGGUUUGUGAUAAUAAAAAAGAAAAAGCGCUCACGAACAGCAUCGUGUUUUGUAAGAUAUCGAGGUUACUUUUUAAAA